AUGGCGCCCAUGGCGCCGAGCGCGCCUCCCCCGCGGAGCCAAAAGGCGGAGUUCGUGUUGGCGGGGCUGGCGGCCUGUGGCGCCAUCACGGCCACGAACCCCGUGGAUGUGGUGAAGACGAGGCUGCAGCUUCAGGGGGAGCUGAAGGGUGCGAAAGCAUCUGCGUACACAGGCAUCUUGCAAGCCAUGGGGCGCAUCUUUCAGAAAGAAGGUCUGCGGGGCCUGCAGCGGGGUUUGUGCGCGGCCUAUCUGCUGCAAUUCUCCAACGUGGGCUGCCGCUUCGGGUGCUACGGGUAUCUGAAGCAGUUGUUUCAGGUGCGGCCUGGGGAGUCCACCGGCGCGUGGCUGAGCGCCAUGGGCCUGGGCUUGGCCUCCGGGGCGCUGGCGGGCCUGGUGUCCAACCCCUUCUUCCUGCUGAAGAGCCGAUUCCAGGCUGCCGGGAGCGAGGAUGUGAUGCACCAGCACUCUCACCCCUCCUUGAGGAGCGCCUUCCGGGAGAUUGGCAAAGCGCAGGGCAUUGCCGGCUACUACCGGGGCCUCUCCGCCUUUGUGCCUCGCGUCGCAGUGGCCACCUCCGCGCAGCUAUCUACCUAUGAUGUCAGCAAGGAGUUCAUCCUGCGGCGGACGGAGGUGAAGGAGGGAGUUGCCACGCAUUUCGGGGCGAGCCUCAUGUCAGGGCUGGCGGUGACGCUGGCCAUGCAGCCCUUCGACAUUGUGGCGGUGAGGCUGAUGAACCAGCCGGCCACCGGCGUGCCUCUCUACACGGGGCCGCUGGACUGCGGCCGGAAGAUGCUGAGCCACGAGGGACUGCACGGCAGCCCGGUGGGUGGGGAUCUGGCGGCCCCGCCGGCCCAGUGUGCCCUGGAAAUGGAGAUUUCGUCCUUGGACUGGAUGGCCCUGGAGAGGUGCGUGACCGGCGGCUCGGGGUUCCUGGGGUCUUGGUGCAUCAAGCUGCUGCUGGAGGAGGGCUACACAGUGCACACCACCACCAGGAGUGCAGAGAAGGCCUCCUAUCUGCGGAAGCUCCCAGGCGCCGAGCGGCUCAAGAUCUUCGAUGGCGUGGACCUGCUGAGCCCUGGCGCCUUCGAUGCCGCCAUCCAAGGCUGCGUGGCGGUGCUGCACACCGCCUCCCCCUUCUACAUGAAAGGAGGCUCCGAGGAGAAGCUCGUGACGCCCGCGGUGGAGGGCACCCGCAACGUGCUGGACACCUGCCGCAGGCUGGGAGUGAAGCGAGUGGCCCUAACCUCCUCCACCGCCUCCGUGUAUGCCAACUACGGCACGCUGCCCACGGAGCACGUCUACAGCGCCGCGGACUGGUCUCCGGCGGAGCUCCUGCGAGAGAAGGAGAACUGGUACUGCCUCUCCAAGGUCAAGGCGGAGGAGCGCGGAGCGCGCGACUCGCGUCUCGCGUGA